GACAUUUCCAACAUGAUGCCUUUACAAGAAUUCCCGAAAACUCCCAUUCAACUAUCCUUUUUAUAUCUAAUGAACAUUCUUUGCUUUUGUUUGAAUGCUGCAAGUCAAUUGAUGUCAUUUAUCCCGAACUGCUUCAAUUCACGAAUAUUAGUCCUUUUCAGAGUUAUGUUCUCAUUACCAGUAUUUUCAUUAUUAGUUAAUACUUUGAUUGGAGUUGCCCUCUUCUGGCUGGUAAAGUAUUUGUUUUACACAAUAAAAAGGAUUUAUCAAUUACCAGCUGGUCCUUGGGGUCUUCCUAUUGUUGGCUAUUUACCCUUUCUAGGUGAUCAUGUUUACCUUCAGUUUGACCAAUUGUCUAAAAAGUAUGGACCAGUUUAUUGUUUAAAAUUGGGAAAGCAUAAUGUUGUUUUGGUUUGUGAUUGGCCUCACUUGAAGGAUGCUAUUUCCAAUGAUGCUCUACUUGCUAGACCACAUGAAGCCCUUGUCACUGGUGUAUACGAUACAAGAUCAUUUGUUGAAAUGUCAGGAGAUCCUUGGCGUCAACACAAACGUUUAUCGUUACACAUUUUACGUGAUGUUGGUUUGGGAAAGAGUAAAAUUGAAACUCUGAUUAAAGAAGAGAUUGACCAGUUUCUAACAACUUUGGACAAUAAUAGUGAGCCUCUUGAUUUUAGUCGCAGAAUUGGUCCAUCAAUUUCUAAUAACGUUGCUAUAUUGUUAUUUGGUCAUAAAUAUGACUACAAUGAUCCCGUUAAAAUCGAAAUGGAUAGAGCUCAAAAUGUAUUUACUCGUUUAUUCAAAUUUGCUGGAAUUUUAGCAUUUCUACCUUGGUUAUCCAAACUACUAAUUUUCCUUGGAAAGUUGAAUUUAGACAUCAUAAAACAGAAUCUUAUAAUUGUUGAUAAAUUUAUUCAAGAGGAGAUUGAUAGACACCGAGGGAAACAUAAUAACACUCAUGAAGUCGUUGAUUACAUUGAUGGUUACCUGGAAGAGCGAAGAAACAGAGAGAGACAGAACAUAUCUGAGGGUUCUUUCAGUGAAAUGGUAUUGAGACGUAAUGUUGCUGCAUUUUUCGGUGCUGGUUCAGAGACUGUUUACAGUACGAUGGAAUGGACAAUGUUAUACCUUGUAAAAUAUCCAGAAUAUCAAGACAAAAUACGUUCAGAGAUAGCUGAUGUCAUUGGAUUUGAAAGGAGACCAGAUUAUGCUGAUAGAGCAAGAAUGCCAUUUACAAUGGCAUUUAUUCAUGAAGUACAGCGAAUUGAAUCAAUCAUUGCGAAUAAUUUGCUAAGAAGAGCAUCUGAAGAUACCAAAAUCGGCCAUUACAGCAUACCUAAAGAUACUUUAGUUAUCUUCAAUUUCUGGUCAAUUAAUCGUGAUCCUAAACUUUGGCCUAAUCCUGAUAAAUUUGAUCCAACUCGUUACCUUACUGAAGAUGGCACUAAAGCAGUGAAACCACCUUAUCUCAUACCUUUCAGUGCUGGUAAAAGGAACUGUCCAGGUGAAGGUUUAGCCAAUCUUGAGCUAUUUUUAUAUUUAGUUUGUAUGGUACAAAGAUAUCGUAUCAAAGUCGAACCACGAACGGAAUUAUCUUUUGAAGCAGUUUUCGGAAUUUCAAGACGUCCAGCUAAUCUUCCAGCUUUCAUUUUCGAGAAAAUAGUUCAUUGAUAACUAGGUCUUGAAACUUGGUCUAGAGCUUGUCAAGAUUUGCAAUAAUUAUUGACCAAAUUAACUUAAACUUUGAUAGUUUCUUAAUUUAUCCACAUUAAAUUUCAAAUAUUAUGACAAUUA